ACAGCAAGCUUGGUGCUGGAAGAUGGGACGAAGAUGAAGGGCUAUUCUUUUGGGUAUCCAUCCUCCACAGCAGGGGAAGUCGUAUUCAACACUGGCCUUUGUGGAUACACCGAAGCCUUGACAGAUCCCAGCUACAAAGGACAGAUUCUUACACUGGCCAACCCCAUAGUUGGGAAUGGGGGAGUGCCUGACACAGCUGCUGUGGAUGAAAUGGGCCUUAAGAGGUUUCUGGAGUCCGAUGGGAUCAAGGUUUCAGGUUUGCUGGUGCUGGAUUACAGCAAUGAGUACAGCCACUGGCAGGCUGCUCGGAGCCUGGGAAACUGGCUGCAGGAAGAGCAGGUGCCUGCGCUGUAUGGGAUUGAUACCAGAAUGCUGUCCAAAUUAAUUCGUGACAAGGGCACGGUACUUGGGAAGAUUGAAUUUGAAGGUCAACCUAUGGAGUUUGCAGACCCAAAUAAGCAAAACUUAAUUGCAGAAGUUUCAACAAAGGAAAUCAAGGUUUAUGGCAGAGGGAAUCCAAUUAAAGUUGUAGCUGUCGACUGUGGGUUGAAGCACAAUGUUAUCCGUCUGCUGGUAAAGCGAGGUGCAGAAGUGCAUUUGGUUCCAUGGGAUCAUGAUUUCACCAGCAUGGAGUAUGAUGGACUCAUAAUUUCUGGAGGUCCAGGGGAUCCCAUGAAGGCCCAGGAGGUGAUUCAGAAUGUCAGAAAGGUCCUGGAGAGCGGUCGCCCAGAGCCCUUGUUUGGAAUUAGCAUGGGGAGUCUAAUCACUGGGAUAGCAGCUGGAGCUACUUCCUACAAGAUGCAGAUGGCCAACAGAGGGCAGAACCAGCCUGUCCUGAAUGCAGUGAAUGGGCAGGCUGUCAUCACUGCUCAGAACCAUGGUUAUGCCAUCGACAGCUCUACCCUCCCACCUGGCUGGAAACCUCUCUUUGUGAAUGCCAAUGAUCAAACAAAUGAGGGAAUUAUGCAUGAGACCAGACCAAUUUUCACAGCACAGUUCUACCCAGAUGCAAAUCCUGGACCAAGAGACACAGAGUUCCUGUUUGAUUCAUUUAUUUCACUGGUUAAGAGAGGGAAAGGCACUACUAUCUCCUCGGUCCUGCCCAAGGCUGGAGCUACAGCUUCCAGAGUGGAGGUCUCCAGAGUUCUCAUUCUAGGAUCCGGGGGUCUGUCGAUUGGUCAGGCAGGGGAAUUUGAUUACUCUGGAUCCCAGGCUGUGAAAGCCAUGAAGGAAGAAAACGUGAAAAUUGUUCUCAUGAAUCCCAAUAUUGCUUCAGUGCAGACCAAUGAGACUGGCUUAAAGCAGGCUGAUGCUGUCUACUUCCUCCCCAUCACUCCACAGUUUGUCACCGAGGUCAUCAAGGCGGAGCGUCCCGAUGGAUUAAUUCUGGGCAUGGGUGGCCAAACUGCUCUCAACUGUGGGGUGGAACUCUUCAAGCAAGGAGUCCUGCAGGAGUAUGGUGUGAAGGUCCUGGGUACCUCAGUUGAAUCCAUCAUGGCUACUGAGGAUAGAAAGCUGUUUUCCGAUAAACUGACUGAGUUAAACGAAAAGAUUGCUCCUAGCUUUGCAGUGGAAUCGAUUGAAGAUGCUCUGAAGGCAGCUGAAGAGAUUAGCUACCCAGUCAUGAUACGCUCUGCUUAUGCUCUUGGUGGUCUGGGCUCAGGCAUAUGUGCUGAUAAGGAAAGUUUGCUGGACCUUGGUACGAAGGCAUUUGCAAUGACUAACCAAAUUCUGGUGGAAAAGUCAGUUGUUGGCUGGAAGGAGAUAGAGUAUGAGGUUGUGAGAGAUGCUGCUGAUAACUGUAUUGCUGUCUGCAAUAUGGAAAACAUUGAUGCUAUGGGGGUUCACACAGGGGAUUCUGUUGUAGUGGCUCCAAGCCAGACGCUCACUAAUGAGGAAUUUCAGAUGCUGAGGGAUCGUGCCAUCAAAGUUGUCCGACAUCUGGGCAUCGUGGGAGAGUGCAAUAUCCAGUUUGCUCUGCAUCCAACUUCCCUGGAGUACUAUGUCAUUGAAGUUAACGCCAGACUCUCGAGAAGUUCUGCUUUGGCCUCCAAGGCAACAGGGUAUCCAUUAGCAUUCAUUGCUGCCAAAAUUGCCUUGGGGAUCCCCUUGCCAGAAAUCAAGAACGUGGUGACAGGAAAGACCUCUGCCUGCUUUGAGCCCAGCCUGGAUUACAUUGUCACCAAGAUACCCCGCUGGGAUCUGGACCGUUUUCAGCACACGUCCAACCGCAUUGGAAGCUCCAUGAAGAGUGUAGGAGAGGUCAUGGCUAUUGGAUGCACUUUUGAAGAGAGCUUCCAAAAGGCCCUGAGAAUGUGCCACCCCUCUGUAGAUGGCUUCACUUCACAGCUGCCCAUGAAUAAAGCGUGGCCAGCCAUCGUAGAUCUCCAGAAGGAACUCUCUGAGCCAUCCAGCACUCGGAUAUAUGCAAUCGCCAAGGCCUUGGAUAGUGAAGUCCCUGUGGAUGUCAUUCACAAACUCACAGCCAUUGACAAGUGGUUCCUGUAUAAGAUGCGUGGCAUUGUGAACAUGGAGAAGAUCCUGAAGGAAGGGAACAGGUAAGAAAAACC